ACUUUACAAGCAAUUAUCUAUUCGAGCUUCAGAUUCACAGCAAGCAACACAUUACAUUAUAUUACAUUACAUUAAAUACGAAAAUGUCUUCCCGAUCUGAUAACACUGUCGUCGUCGUUGGCUCUGGCCCAGGAAUUGGCACCAACACAGCAGCUGUUUUCGCCGCCAAGAAGUUCAACAAGGUCGCCCUCGUUGCCAGGAACCCCGCCCAGCUUGAGAAGGAUGCGGCCACUGUUAUUAGUGCUGCCAAUGGCAAUGUCACCGUCAAGACUUAUUCAACGGACGUCAUCGACCCUGUCAAAUUCACAGCGACACUUAAGCAGAUCAGCCAAGAUCUCGGAGCUGUGGAGGUCGUCCUUUACAACGCUGCUAUUGUCGCAGAGUCGAGACAUAUCGAAGUCACCGAUGAAGAACUCAUCCGGGACUUCAUGAUCUCUACCGUCGCCUUGAACAACCUCUCCAAAUGGGCCUUCCCACAAUUGACUGAGCUGGCGGCUAAAGAUGCUUCUGCCAAGCCUACAGUCAUUGUCACUAGCUCUCAUCUCCCCGAGACGCCCGAGGCCAACCUCGUCUCCUUGUCCAUGUCCAAGGCUGCCCAGAAGAACUUUACCCGAUCCCUCCGCCUAGAGUUUGAACCUAAGGGAGUUCACGUUGCCCUUUUGAGCGUCGCGGGGUACGUCUUGGAUAGCAACCAGAGGCUGAAUGCGAAGAACAUUGCCCAGGAGGCAUGGAACCUGUACAACCAACCUAAUGGAAGCUGGACCGAGGACGUCAGAAUUGAGGAGCCAUGAACAAAUCAUGAAUAAAAGGAGUUAGAAUUGUUACGGCCUGGUAGCGCAUUGCAAGUUUAAUGUAGUUUUAUGAAUAAUGUCUUCUUAAUAAAUAUAAAUCAUACUUAUGCCUC